AUGUCUCCACCUCGCCCACCUCCCAAGCAAUUUGAGGCUGGAAAUGAGAUUGGUACUCUCGUCAUCGUCGUUGAUCGUGCCCGCAAUCUGGUUGACAAGCAGCGUAUAGGCAAGCAAUCUCCAUACGUUACACUAAGAAUUCCCUCUUCACCCGUUCCUACCAAGCGUACACAGACGAUCAACCGCGGUGGCCAAGCGCCUGAAUGGGAUGCUGAGUUGCGCUUUCCCAUCAUGUCUGAACUCGAGGAUUCGAUGGGUAGAAGGUCUUCCAGCGCGUCAACGGCUUCUACCAAGAGUAUGUCUGUCGUAUGCUGGGCUGAUGAUAGCAGGGAUCCGACCAAGGUCGGUGAGGCUUUCGUCGAUCUCACGCGUUCACUUACCAAAGGCGAGGAUGACUUAUGGGUUCCCCUCACUCUCGAUUCGAAAGACGGCGGCAAAUAUCGCGGCGAAGUGCGUCUUGAAUUGACCUUUUUCUCAAAUGCCUCUCCACCGCCUAAAAAGUACCCAACGAAGCCAGCCACGCAAUCUCUCGCAACUCCUACGAGACCACCUGCCAAACGAGCUCCAAGGCUGUCAGCCCCAGGCGAGAGACAGCCAACGAGCAGCAGCAGCGGCAAUAACAAUGGUAAUAUGAGUGGCAGCAUCGCCACCACCACAAGCACCAGCACCGCCAAUCUCGGUCAUCCCACGUCGUUGCGUCCUGGUCAUCCUGCCACUAUCCCCCAAUCAUUGCGGACCAGACAAUCGCUGUCGAACAUGUCACUCUACAGACCUGAUUAUAUAGACGGAGGUGAGUUGCGCAUUCCGUCUCCUUUGCCAUCGCCGCAGCCAGAAAACAUUCCAGCAAGCACAAGUCCAAUCAGACAGCCUUCUCCUAAUACAUACGCUAUCCAACCCGUCUACCAGGAGCAGCCUUUGAACAGCCAUCAGGAGCACUAUCAGCAGCCCCUCUAUCAAGUCUCGCCGGGUCAUUCACCUAUACCACAAGUGUCUCAAGUGCAGCCAUUACAAUCAUCACAAACAUCACAGCCGUCGCAGCCUUCGCAGCCAUUGCCCCAACCUCCACAAGCUCCACUGCAACAAGUGCAACUACAGCAAAUGCAACAGAUGCAGAUGCCACCAAUGCAACAAGCUACACCAGUCACACCCAUCCCACCUCCCCGCACAUCGCCAAUACCGCCCGUUUCACAAAUGCCACCACAAGGUCCUCAAGGUCCUCAAUUCCCUCAAGUGUCGCAGCAGAUACCAAUCGUAGGACAGUCGCCGGUUUUUGCCCAAUACCCGUCUCAGUAUGGAGCACCACUACCUGUUUCUGCCAGUGCCCCUCCACCAGCGCAAGCACAAGCACCGGCACCUCAAGGCAGCUGGUCACCCUGGCAAAAUCCCUCGGACGUGCAAUAUAGCGGCGCUCAUGCUAUGUAUGCGCAGCAGCAACCGUCGCCAAUGUCGCAGCCACCACAACCGUCACAACAAUCACAGCCAUCCCGCCCACUGCCAAGCGCGCCAGCAAUUCAAUCGCCCUUCCCUCAAUAUCCACCACCGGGGGCACCGACACAACCACCUCAAGUACCUCAGCCACCACCAUCUAAUGUGGUCUACGCUCCACCACCACCGACAGUACCGCAACAACCCGUGCAGAUGUAUCCUAACUACCCACCUCCCCCGAUUGGUGGUAUGUAUGGGGCUUAUAAUGGGUAUGAUACGGGACAGAUACAAGCGCAAGCACAUUCGCACACGCAUAUACAACACUAG